AAUUUCAUAUUGUGAACACUUUUCUAAACUAUUUUCGGCAGAAAUGAAGUGGUUUUUGCUAGUAUUUGUAGCGGUUGUGGCGGUAGAAGCAGGUCCUUUCAAUGGACGUCAGUCGUACCAUGAGUCGGUGGGGAUUCCACUAUCGGAAAGCAUAAAGCAACGGGAGCUUGCAGCUGAUUCUUCGAGAAUUGUUGGGGGUACCGUAGUGCCUCUUGGCCAACACCCUUUUAUGGUGGGAAUCGUGAUCUAUUUGCACAAUAGUCCAAGCACAUCCAUGUGCGGCGCGUCUCUCCUGACGCACACACGCUCUCUGACGGCGGCACACUGUUGGCACGAUGGCUGGCUCUCGGCGUACCUGUUCACCUUGGUGUUCGGCUCUCAGACGCUGCAUACUGGUGGUUUGCGUAUCGACACCCAAGACAUCGAGAUGCAUCCCGAUUGGAGCACAAUGACCCUACACAACGACAUCGCCAUCGUCAGACACGAUUGGGUUGACUUUAACGAUAUCAUCAGGCCCAUUAAUCUACCAACAAAUCAAGCAAACAACGACUUUGCUGGAUCUUGGGCGGUAGCUGUUGGCUACGGAAGACAAUAUGAUACUCAGACUCCCAUAUUCAAUCCGGACUUGAGAGAGGCUCACCUUCAAGUGAUUCCGAACCAGGAAUGUAAUGCGAUCUAUCCUGGCAUGAUUGUAGACACAACUCUCUGCACGAGAGGACCUGUCGGGACUAACAUUUGCCUCGGUGACUCAGGCGGUCCUCUUGCGCUUGGAACCGGCAGUGACCAAAUUCUGAUUGGUGUUGUUUCGUUCGGAGCUGGUGCCUGCGAGGGAGGUCAUCCAGCUGGCUAUGCGCGCGUGACCUCUUUCUUACCCUGGAUUCUAUCAAGAGAUUAAACUAUUUUAAUAAAUAUCACUUAGAAUAUAUUA